AGACAAGGUGGCGAGGAGUGAAAGAGAGGAAUAGGGGAGCAGAGGGGUGUGUGGACCAAAGAGAACCAGGACACAAAGAAAGAGAGUGAGCGGAGGAUGAGCAUGUCUAUUUAAAGGGAUCCGAGUCUGCCGUCUUGCUAUUCCUGACUGGCAGCAUCAUCAAAUUUAGACCAGAGUCUGUGUCCCCUUUUCUCUCAGUACUCAUUGCAAGGCUGCGUUUUGCCCUCAGGUGUGAAGUGGAGGGCCUCCCAAACACAGACCAAGACUGGCUGCAUGUAUCACCCAGCAGAGCUGUACUCUGGCCGUAACACAUGGGACUCCUAUCCAGCUGGAGGACCUAACAGAGGACAAUGGGCUCCUGUAAACGGUCGCCCCUGGAGCCACACACAAAGAUGCCAAGAAGGGCGCAAUCAAUCACAUAAUCUGCCGUCAAGUCGUCUUUAUAAUAGGGGGGAGAGAACAGUCAACCGUGUCCAGGACAAGGGCAUCUCUAAGGGGCACAGACAGCCUCUACGUCUUUGGGAUGGCAAAGAGCGACCGUUUGAGGGCCAGAACUGGCAUCACAACUCCACGCGGUCGUUCCACAACCGAGCUGGCACCAACAACGGUUAUCUAACAGGACCAGGAGACCGCUACGCAAACUGGGACAGCAGUGUCAGCAACUCUGUGCACGGGGGUCCUCGCCUGCAUCGCAACAACAGAGAGGUCCAGUCCCCACCGGAGAGAUGGGCCCCCUCAGACUGCCGCAGGAGCUUUCCAGGCAGAAUGAUAAACAACAGACCAGGACCCUGGAAACGGCCAGACCUCCACCAGAGGCGAGACCAACUGCACCAGCACAGCCCACCCCCACAGCACCCUUUAUCCCCUAGGGAAGAGUGUCCGGCCAAGAGGAGAAGGGAGUCUGGCCCUGAUCAGCCAUCUCAUCCUGGAUCAAGGCAUCUACCCUUACUUGCCCAUGCCCCAUCACCACCUCGCCACCACCGCUGCAGCCAAGACGACUGGAAGCCUCUUAAUGACAGGGGGGGUCCUAGCCACCACUCUGACCACAGGACCUCAACAACACAGCAACAGGAAACCUCUAAACUGCGAGCUGGAGGACAUGGCUUCAGUAACAGUAACCUCGCAGCUCUAAGUCAGAGCUGUGGCAGCAGACCACCGCAUCACGGAAGCAGAGGGAAGGUCGACCGGAAAAUCUCGUCUUCACCAGCAGACCACACCCGUGUGCCUUACAGCCACCAAAACCAUCAUUACCACUACCAACGGCACACAGGCCACCCCAGAGCCCUACAGCACAACCCGUCGCUACACCCUCUUGAGGACUCACGGAGCUAUCACCACAAACAAAGCACAGAACCUCAGCGCACUCAUCAAAGGGUCAUUUCAAGGGAUCUGGCCCUCUCCAAGUCUUCUGGUGCAGACUCGCCUCCCUAUUCAUCCCUCCUCUGCAGCACUAAGGAUGGAGGUUCUACUGCCAGCAGUCCACGUGCUCCUUCCAGUCCCUCUUCAUACACGGCGGCCAUUGGCAGAAAAGAUACAUCAGUCAUUCAUCAAUGUAGUCCUGGCCUCAGUGGACAGCAGAAACUCCAGGGAAGCCCUAAUCACACCCUGAGACCUAGCCUGACAUCUACCACGUCUCUUCCAUCCCACGUUGGUCCAAAAUCCAGGUUUUCAGACGUCAAAUACAGAAAGACCUCACAGCCCCUCUGCUCACGACAGUCACCCCACAGCAGAUCAAGAGCAAACAAGCCCGAGAAGGAGUUCGAAGAACACAAAAAAACAGAUAAGCUGGUGAAAAAGGAGAGAAAGGGCGAAGCUCAAAAGACAAACAGAAAGGGUGAAGAAAGAAAAAGGCGGAAGAAAAAAGAUGAAAAGAGGUUGGCUGAGAGAAAAAAGAAGAGGGAUAAAGCGACGAAGAAGGAAAGAAAGCUUGGCUUGAAAAGUAAAGUCACAGAAAAGGAAAUGUUUACUUCCAUCUCUACUUCCAACUCCUCAGGAGACGCCAAAAUGAGUAAAAUGGAGACUACAACUCUGCCUGCUGAGAAUCAAAGCCAGCCACCACCCAAACACAAGCACAGGAUGAGGAGCGGACGAGCAGAGAGGACACACAGGCCGUCCACAAAACCUCCUCAUCCCAGCUGCACUUCACCACAGCCAUCCUCCGAAUCUGAAAACCACAAAAUGCCCAAGAAGAACAGCAGCCCCCCAAAACCUCCCACUAAGGAACCACUAAUGCAGACUCUUCCCAGGAACACCAGUCCCAACCAGACCAGCAAGAAGCCCACCAUCGUCUCAUCUCAAUCAGAAGACGGACCAAAAGCAAAGCCCAGUGAUACACUCCCCUCCCUUCUAUUUGAAGCCUUAGCACCACUCACUACAGCAUGCUCUAUUAGCUUAGAGCAGCCCAUGCAUGACAAAGAAGGAGGCCAGAGAGGGCUCCUCAGCGCCCCAGACCUACAGCCUGUGGCCUCGAUGGGAAACUUACAUGAAAUGGGAGACAACCUUGCGAACACUCCUCCUGUUCUCAGCUGGCAGGGCUCUCCAGUAUCAGCUCUGGGAGAGGAUGAGGAGGAGCUGGAAAACGGAGUGAUGAGUAGACCUGUCCUCCAGCCCAGCCCCACCCAGUGCUUUUCUCCUCCACCUGUUGACGGCGAGAGUGUUGAUGAUGUGAAUAAGGAGCAUCUUGAAAAAAGUCCACCGGCCGAUCGUUCCAGGAAUGCCACAUCCGAAUUCUGUGAUCUGCCUUGUGCAACGGAACAAGUUACUGAGGAUGAAAAGGAAGAAGAGGAGGACAGCGGUGGCGAAACCUCUGGCUCACUUCUUCAUGAGCUUCGCCACCAUAAAACUGGUUUGGAUGAUGUCUUCAAGAGCCUGGCCACCUUUCUCGGAGGCCAGAGGGUCACGUGCCGAGGCGGUCCGUUUGGGGGCCCUCCGGCUGGUGCCAAUAGGGGAGUGAAGUACUCCUCUUCUCUUGCGCUGGGGCCAGAGAUCCACUGUCAAGAGCAUCAGGAUUUCUCCCCCAAAUCAGAUCCCACAGCAUCUUCCAAACCUGCUAAUCAAGCACCAACUCACACUACCUCAGAUACACAUUUGAAAUCCCACAGUUUGACAGAUCUGAGGGAGGCUGUCACAGACGCUCCAGUGCAGGAGAAGCUGGAAGAAGUUGAGAAUGAUAGAAAAGAGAAACCAGAGGGCAAAGAUACAGAACUCCUCAAUGAGAGAACAGAGGCAUCUCUUCUGGAUGGGUCACUGAGUGCAAAGCUGAGGCUGACCACAACACAUACAGCCUCUUUUACCGGCCUCAUUACUGUCUCCACCAAGGAAGAGAGAGGAAACAGCAAAGAGACACAGCGCAUAGGUGCAGACAGGAAGAGAAAACAAAAGGCUAAGGAUGGAGGAAGAGAAGGAGAGAUCAAGAUAAAGAUAAAGACAGAAGAAAGCAGUGUCAUCUGUCAUAAAAACAAAGCAAAUGAAAUAAGUGGUUUGGACGAAAGGGAUGUUUCAUCCUCUGUGCUCGUCAUCUCCAGUAACUCAUCCAGACCUCUCAAAGAUAGUACGAAGGGCCAGAUUCCUCAGGAAAACCAAACCCUGCAUGGCAAAGACAUCCAGAGAGAGGAAGUGGACACUGAGAACACCGAGAGGAAGACACUUACAGAGAAGAAGGAGCACGUCAGCGAGUUAGAAAGUGUAAGACCCUCAGCAGCCGGAAACACAAAUACCAAGACCCCGAGUUCAGCGUCAACCGUAACAAUCAACACAUCCAAACUAUGUGUGUCCACACCUGCAAGCAAACCUCCCUGCUCAUUAGCCCCAGUCGACCCACUGAAGCUGAAAGCAUUGUCCAUGGGCUUGUCUAAGGAGCUGAAGAUCCUCUUGAUUAAAGUGGAGAGUGCUGGAAGACAAACGUUCAACAUAUCCGAGGUCGAGGAGCAAAGAAUCCCACUUUCCAAGAUCAGCAUCGAAAACACGGCCACCGAAGUGAUCAGAGCUUGCAAGGGGACAAGGGUGAAGGGGAAAUUCAAGGAGUCGUUCCUGCUUCCCGCCUUCUCUGUUAAACCAAACAUUUCCAUUGAGAUCCCCAUACCUCGAGAAAAACUUAACCCCCCUACGCCAAGCAUCUACUUGGAGAGCAAGAGGGACGCCUUCUCUCCAGUUCUGCUCCAGUUCUGCACUGAUCCCAAAAAUGCUGUUACAGUCAUCAGAGGCCUUGCUGGCUCUCUCCGCCUUAACCUUGGUCUGUUCUCCACCAAAUCUCUGGUGGAGGCCAAUGCAGACCACGCUGUGGAAGUGAGGACUCAGGUUCAGCAGCCCGCUGAUGAGAACUGGGAUCCCAGUGGUUCGGCGCAGACGUGGCCAUGCGAAAGCAGCCGCUCACACACCACUAUUGCCAAAUACGCCCAGUACCAGGCCUCCAGCUUCCAGGAGAGCCUGCAGGAGGAGAAGGAGAGUGAGAAUGAAGAGGAAGGAGAGCAGGCCAAGCCCUCAGACCCGUCGGCCACAACAAAAGCUGCGCUGACACAAGCCAACAGUAAAGCUGCUUCCGUCUUCAGCAAAGCCCAGCCUGUUAAUGCCACCGCCACACCCAGCUCAGAGCAGAAAACAGUGGGAAAGAUCAUCAAAUUUGGGACCAAUAUCGAUCUCUCUGACCCUAAAAGGUGGAAGCCCCAGCUGCAGGAGCUGCUCAAGCUGCCAGCUUUCAUGCGCGUGGAAUCCAGCAACAACAUGCUCAGCCACGUUGGUCACACGAUCCUGGGCAUGAACACCGUGCAGCUCUACAUGAAGGUGCCAGGCAGCCGCACGCCAGGUCAUCAAGAGAACAAUAAUUUCUGCUCUGUCAACAUCAACAUCGGGCCCGGCGACUGUGAGUGGUUCGCUGUCCACGAGCACUACUGGGAGUCCAUCAACAGAUUCUGUGAGAAGCAUGGGGUAGACUACCUGACAGGGUCCUGGUGGCCAGUCCUGGAAGACCUCUACAGCACCAACAUCCCUGUGUACCGCUUCAUUCAGAGGCCGGGUGACCUGGUGUGGAUCAAUGCGGGGACUGUGCACUGGGUCCAGGCGGUGGGCUGGUGCAACAACAUCGCCUGGAACGUAGGACCACUCAACUCGUACCAGUAUCAACUCGCCCUGGAGCGAUUCGAGUGGAACGAGGUGAAGAAGGUCAAGUCAAUCGUUCCCAUGAUCCACGUUUCCUGGAAUGUGGCUCGCACCAUCAAGAUCAGCGACCAGGAUACCUUCAAGAUGAUCAAACACUGCCUGAUGCAGUCCAUCAAGCACAUCCAGAUUCUGCGAGAGCAGCUGGUGGCUGCAGGGAAGAAGAUCUGCUACCAGAGUCGCGUGAAGGACGAGCCAGCCUACUACUGCAAUGAGUGUGACGUGGAGGUGUUUGACCUGCUGUUUGUGACCAGCGAGAACAGCAGUAAGAAGAGCUACGUGGUGCACUGUGAGGACUGCGCCCGAGCUAAGAGCCCAUCGCUGGCAGGAGUAGUGGUGCUGGAACAGUAUCGGGUGGAGGACCUGAUGAAGACCUACGACAGCUUCACGCUGGCUCCAUCAUCCUUUUCAAAGUGAGGACUCCUCCCUGGUGUCUUUCAGCCAUAACCAAAACUCUAAUGGCAGCACAAAUGUUGUCUUCAAGGCAAUCUAUUCCUGAAAAACACUCUCUGAAUCAGCCAAUCACGUUUACUCAGUAUUGUUUACAUCACACAGUAAGGUAUGGAUACUCAGCCAAUCCAACUAUAGCUCACUGUCUUCCCCAUACCAGCUGCUGAUUGGACGUGUGUUUUGAAAUAGAAUGACUAGACUGGUACUUCUUAUGAAAAGCAUUUCAGAUGUGUACAAAAAAAAAGAAAAAAAAAAGAAAUGUGAGCACUGCUAGCACUGAAAAUCAGGUUAUAUGUUCAACGGACACUGCUGUGAUUCAAAAGCGUCAAGUAGCCGGUUCUGUGUAUUAAUUCAGGUACUUUUAUGCAAAUUCAGUAGAACUUUUUUACACCAAUCUAGUUAUUCUAUAUGUCCAUGAAUUUGCUGUGAUUCUGUUGUACCAGCAGGGGAAUGGCUUCACAGGAGAAGUAGCUGAUUGUCACAUUUGGCAUCGUAUUGGUUCCUGUUUUUGUUUGGUAUUCAGGUAAACUCUGACAUUUGUAACUCCUGUCUGUAUACUCUUUGAGGUGCUACUCCAAACUUAUUUAUUCUCGUUAGAUACUUAAAAAGUUUUACCAGCCUAGAAGUACACCACAUUGGCCUUGCGAACUGUAUUUAGAGGAGAGGUAAUUAGAGGAUUAAACACCCACAAAUAAGGUUUUAUGUAAGUAUUUAAAAAAAGUGAAUCAAAAACUUUUAUCAUUUUCUCUAAAAUACGGGUUUACUAGAGGACUAAUAUGGUUUCAUUCUUAGUUGGAAAUCCAGUGUGUAGAUGGAAAAAUUCAAUUUUUUUUGCUUUCCAGCUAAGUUCAGCUAAAUAGUCUUUGAUGUGGUUUCUUUGAUUCUCCCAGAAAACAGACAUAGUGUUGUUUUUAUUUUUGGAACGGGAAAUCGAUCCCAGUUUUAUACCUCUUUUGUUGCUAUGUUCUUGUUUCUAGAUAACAGAUAAAAUAAAUAAUUGUAAAUUGUGAAUGAAUUUAUGGGAUAC